GCCAGGGACGGAACGAAACACAGAGAGAGCGGGAGAGAGAGCGGAGAGAGAGACGUGAGAUCAGAGGACCGAGCGUAGCCAUCCCUCUCUCUCCCUCCUAGGCUGGGUGGGGUUUGAGCUGGGAUUUAGCUGUCCUUGAUGUUUUAGUCCCUCCGGAGGGGAUUCCAUCUCUCGUCGCUCCCCCCGAAGAAAUAGCCACGGCGAAAAAAGGGGAAAAGGCCACCCGCCCGCAGCAACCCCAUCAUUCUCCGUUCUUUUCUCCCGUUCAACAUCCGAAACCACAGCACACAGGAAGAAGAGGAUGAGAUGAAGAAAGGCAGUAGAUCGCAACAUCUCCAUCUCUUGGUCUUGUGUGUCCUCUCUUUCACGGGCUCGGCUCUUGGGUUUUCGAGCCAUGGGCUGACGGACGCGGAGGCCGGGUUCAUCCGGCAGCGGCAGCUCCUCUACUACCGGGAUGAGUUCGGGGACCGGGGGGAGAACGGGACGGUGGACCCGUCGCUCAGCUUCUCCAACUCCCAUCUCCGGGACGCCUACAUUGCCCUCCAGGCCUGGAAGCUGGCCAUCAUCUCCGACCCCCUCAACCUCACCUCCAACUGGGUCGGAUCCAACGUCUGCAACUACACCGGCGUUUACUGCGCCCCGCUCCCCUCCGACCCCCACAUCACCGUCGUCGCCGGCAUCGACCUCAACCACGGCGACAUCGCCGGCUACCUCCCUGAGGAGCUCGGCCUCCUCACCGACCUCGCCCUCUUCCACAUCAACUCCAACCGCUUCUGCGGCACCGUCCCCCACAAGUUCGACCGCCUCCGCCUACUAUUCGAGCUCGAUCUAAGCAACAACCGCUUCGCCGGCAAGUUCCCGGACGUCGUCCUCCGCCUCCCGUCGCUCAAGUACCUCGUCCGCUUCAACGAGUUCGAGGGAGGCGUCCCCAGUCCCUCUUCGACAAGGGAUCUCGACGCCAUCUUCAUCAACCACAACCGCUUCGCCUUUGACAUCCCGGACCUCGGCAACUCCCCCGUCUCCGUUAUCGUCCUCGCCAACAACCGCUUCCGGGGAUGCGUCCCGGCCAGCCUCGGCAACAUGUCCGGGACCCUCAACGAGAUCAUCCUCCUCAACAACGGACUCCGAUCUUGCCUCCCUCCCGAGAUCGGCCUCCUUAAGGAGCUCACCGUCCUCGAUGUCAGCUUCAACCAGCUCGUCGGCCCCCUGCCGGACUCCAUCGGAUGGAUGCUCAGCCUCGAGCAGCUGGAUGUCGCCCACAACCUCCUCUCCGGCAAGAUCCCGACCUCGAUCUGCACUUUGCCCCACCUUCAGAACUUCACCUUCUCUUAUAACUUCUUCACCGGAGAGCCGCCGGUGUGCCUCAAGGUGCCGUCCUUCGACGACCGGAGGAACUGCCUGCCCGGCCGGCCGGUGCAGAGAUCCGCGGCGCAAUGCAAGUCCUUCUUGUCCCACCCUGUGGAUUGCAACUCCUUCCGGUGCGCCCCCUUCGUGCCGGCGCUCCCUCCCCCGCCGCCUCCGCCGCCUCCACCUCCAGUUUACUCUCGUCCGCCGCCAUCUCCGCCGCCGCCAUCUCCAUCUCCACCUCCACCGCCGCCUUCCCCGCCGCCACCGUCUCCAUCUCCUCCACCGCCUUCCCCGCCGCCAUCCGUCUCCAUCUCCUCCACCGCCUUCCCCGCCGCCACCGUCUCCAUCUCCUCCACCGCCUUCCCCGCCACCACCGUCUCCGUCCCCGCCCGCCGCCUUCUCCGCCUUCCACCAUCUCCGUCUCCGCCACCACCUUCUCCACCCCCUCCAUCCCCUUCUCCGCCGCCUCCUUCUCCGCCUCCGCCUUCGCCACCUCCGCCCGUCUACUGUGUUCGGUCUCCACCACCUCCGCCGCCCAACUCGCCGCCGCCUCCGGUCUAUUUCCGCCUCCCCCCACCACCCAGCCCACAUUAUUCUCCGCCGCCUCCUUACCCCAUUCCACCACCACCACCUCAACCUUCGCCGCCUCCACCACCUCAUUCACCACCUCCCGCCACUAAUUCACCGCCACCACCUACAUCACUAUCCAUCACCUCCCCACCUCCACUGUACUCGCCGCCUCCACCACCUAAUUCACCUCCUCCUCCACCUCCGGUAUUUGAGCCUCCACCGCCACCAUCACCACCUCCAUGCAUAGAACCUCCACCGCCACCAUCACCACCUCCGUGCAUAGAACCUCCACCGCCACCACCGGUAAUUACAUGGCCGCCACCUCCCUCACCACCGCCGCCGUCACCAUCUCCACCACCACCAGUCCACUAUAAGCCUCCGCCAUCACCUUCCACCUCCACCACCUUCGCCGCCUUACCAUUAUGCAUCACCACCACCCCCCUCUCCCGCCACCUUCGCCGCCUUACCAGUAUCAGUCACCGCACCCCACCUAUGCCUUCAUCUCCACCGCCCCCCAAACCUGUGAAACUCCGCCGCCACCACGACACCUUCUUCCCCAGCACCCUCCCCUCUAUACCAAGGCCCAUUGCGCCCUGUUAUUGGAAUCUCAUACGCAUCGCCACCGCCUCCUCCGUUCUAUUAAUUCUUUUGAGAAUUGUCCACCUCACUCUCCUCUUCCCUCCAUUAAUAGAGAAGCAAGAAAGUAUUUCAUUCAUUUUGGAUUCUUGUCAUGCUUUGUGGUCCAUUGAAUUCUCCAUUGUCUGGUUCCUCUCGCUCCCUUUGGUGUGUACUACCCUCCAAUUGAAGGAAAAAGAAAAAGGCGACAAGUCACGUAAGACGAAGCAUUCAUCCAUGGUGAUGAAGAAUAGAUGGAGAGAACAUGAAAAAGGGGAGGAACAGGGGAGUUUGGGGAAUCUCUCAAAAUUAAUUUGGGUGUGAAUAAAUGGUUGAGAGAGACCAGAGUAAGAGAACAUGAGAAUAGAUGCAGGGAUAAUGAAUGUAUAGAGAGUAUGGGAUUCAAGAACAAGUAGAUCAAAUUGUGGUAUUGUCGCCUUUAUUAUACUUUCUUCUUCAUUUAUAUAUUUGUUGAUCAUUACUUACGAAUUCUUUCAA